AUGACUUCCACCAUCGCCGCCAAGUCCAUCAAGGCCCUCGCACCCCUGCUCGACCGCGUCCUCGUCCAGCGCAUCAAGGCCGAGACCAAGACCGCCGGCGGUAUCUUCCUCCCCGAGUCUGCCGUCAAGGAACUCAACGAGGCCAAGGUUCUUGCUGUUGGCCCCGGCGCCUUUGACCGCGAUGGAAAGCGCAUUGCUCCUUCGGUCCAGCCCGGCGACAAGGUUUUGAUUCCUCAGUUUGGUGGUUCGCCCAUCAAGGUUGGUGAGGAUGAGUAUUCGCUUUUCCGCGAUCACGAGCUUUUGGCCAAGAUCAACGAGUAA